AUGAAGAAUGCAGCUUCCAGUCCCUGGUCCGGGGCAGAAGGAGUGGGCUUAGCAGCUGCUUGCAAGAAAAGUGAAUUUAUCAAGGCAUUAUAUGAGUCGGAUGAGAACUGUGAAGUGGAUCCCAGCAAAAGUCCACCUAGUGAAUUAGCUGAUCACCAGGAAAAUCUCAAAAUGUGUUGUGAGCUAGCCUUCUGCAAAAUUGUCAAUACCUACUGUGUCUUUCCUCGGGAGCUGAAGGAGGUAUUUGCAUCAUGGAAGCAGCAGUGCCUGAAACGGGGAAGGCAGGAGAUCAGCGAACGCCUGAUCAGUGCCUCACUUUUCCUCCGAUUCCUUUGCCCAGCCAUAAUGUCUCCAAGUCUCUUCAACCUCAUGCAGGAAUACCCUGAUGAUAGUACCUCUCGUGCACUCACACUAAUUGCAAAGGUUAUCCAAAACUUAGCAAAUUUUACAAGAUUUGGGAACAAAGAAGAAUAUAUUACCUUUAUGAAUGCCUUUCUAGAGCAUGAAUGGGCAAAUAUGAAAUCCUUCUUGGCAGAAAUUUCUAAUGAGGACACCAUUUCUAAUAAGCCAGGAUUUGGAGGAUACAUAGAUCUGGGAAAGGAGUUUGCUGUCUUGCAUUCAUUGCUGUGGGAAGUUGUCUGGGAACUGGACAAGGCCACAGUGGAAAAAUUGGGUCCUUUGCCAGACAUUCUCGCUGACAUCGCAAGGGAUACAACACACUCUCUGCCCAUCCAGCAACAGCUAAGACGUUAUCCAGAUCAUAAUUCAAGCCCCAAUGUCAGUCUCUCUUCUGGGCUGCAAAAAAUAUUUGAAGACCCAUCUGACAGUGAGCUCAAGUCGAAGUCUGCCCCUCCAGCAAAUGAAGAGUAUUUCAAAGGCAAAUUGCUCUUGAUGCAGCAGACGUCAUCCCGGAGUGUGACUUAUUCUGAUCAAGGGGACGAGACCAAUCUGCCCAAUGUCCGAAGCAUAUCGCUGAUGAAUCUCCAGGAUCCCAAUGUCACACAGUGUGAAUCUGGAUCCAUGAUGCACGAGGCCCCAGUACGUUUAUCUGGCAGUCAGAUUUCAGUCGUCCAGGUGGCAAGUAUCAAGCAGCUCCACAGAACACCACAGACCGCCCCUCAAAUCAGAAGACCUCUUCACUCAGCAUUAAACCAGCCAGGCAUUCUUCAGGCUCUUUUUUUCCAGAAUCCAGUUUAUCAUCUCAAUAAUUCUCCUCAGCCAAUGCCUAAAGUGUCUAUGGAAUCAAGCCUGGAUAACCUGAGUGUCACCAGUUCCCGAAGCCAGAAUAGUGAAGACCUUAAACUUAGUGUACCCAGCAAUAGCAGCAUGGAGGAUUAUGCCAAACGCAGCACUCAGAAUGAAGAUUUUUCUGGGCAGGCCACCAUGCUGGACAAACAAGCUUUGCCAGCUCGUCAGAGUUACACUGUGCAGGUCCAAAUCCACAAAGCAGACCAAGCAGGACCCAGUGCAAUGAUCAGGUCACCCCACUCUCUUCCCCACAGUGCCUCUCUUCGAAGCACAGGCAGCAUGUCUGUAGCAUCUGCCACGAUGGCAAUGGAACCUCUUCAGGAGGGAAAUCAAUCCCGGCAGCAGUCUUCCUCCUCCCGAGAGAGCCCAGUUCCCAAAGUGCGAGCCAUUCAGCGGCAGCAAACACAACAGGUACAGUCACCUGUAGAUUCUUCCACUAUGUCACCUGUGGAAAGGACAGCUGCUUGGGUCUUAAACAACGGACAGUAUGAACAAGUAGAGGAAGGGGCAGAGCAAAAUCCAGAUGAAGCCAAUCAUACAGAAAAGUAUCAGCAAGAGAUUGUCAAGCUCAAGGAUCGUCUGAAGGCAUCAAGUCGCCGGUUGGAGGAGUAUGAGCAGCGUCUCCUAGUGCAGGAACAACAAAUGCAGAAACUCAUUUUAGAGCACAGAUCAAUGAUGGAAGACAGCAAGGAGCGGCUGCGAAAGCAGCAGGAGGAGAAGGAUAGCCAGAUGAAGAGCAUCAUCAGCAGAUUAAUGGCUGUGGAAGAGGAACUAAAGAAAGACCAUGCAGAAAUGCAAGCAACCAUUGAUGCUAAGCAGAAAAUAAUUGAGGCACAGGAGAAAAGGAUCCUCUCCCUGGAUUCAGCCAAUACAAGAUUGAUGAGUGCCCUAACUCAAGUGAAGGAACACUAUGACAUGCAGGCCCGGAGCAGUGUCUCUCCUACUAAUCCGCCCAGACUUUCUAUCACAGAAAGUGGAGAAUUUAGGAACAGCAGCUGCUAACUUCAAGUUGUCCCAUCAAACGAAUUGCCAUCUUUAAUUUCCCUUGCCCACUCCAAGCCUGGUUGACCCUUGGUGUUCUCCAAAAUUAUCUGCUUAAAAGCAGAAAAAAUCAGGGAAAACUGGACUGCUUGCCACCACCAUAUAAUGACCUGCACUAACGACCUGCUUGGGCUUCCUUUCAACAUUGCAGCUGGUAAUCACAUUUCCACAUUUCAAUUUGCUAGUUUUUCAACUUGCCUCUCUAAACUAAAUCUCAAUCAUGGCAGCAACAUUCAUGUGCUUCAGGGUACAUAAGGCAGAACAGGGCAUCAAUAGUUGCCUGACUAGAUGAACAUAGAAAAGACUGCUUAAUAUAAUCAGGGAUCAAAAAAGUUAAAAAACUGAAAAACAGAUAUUGUUUGAAAAUCAAAAGUUUAAAAAACAAAUGUGUAAAAUGUAACAAAAAUAUUUAAAAGGUUAAAAAUAUGUUAAACUUAAGUUUUGAACACUUUGUUAAAUAUGUUAUUUGGGGGAAUGAUAGACAUGUUGUUGACCCGUUCACUGCUAUUUAGGUUUUAUUUUUUGUUUGUUUCCUAAUUCCUUCUGUAAAGGUUUUUUUUUGGGCAAUUUAGACUGUUUUUAAAUUUAGAUGUUAUUAAUUUUAGUCAGCUGUUUACACAGACCAAGAGCAAGGAGUUUCAUCUGAAAUGCAUUACGUCCCCCUACUUUCCAUUUCAGCAAUGAAACUGACGUUUGAUAGCAGGUGAGACAGGAAUACUAUUCAAGAGUCUUUACCGUAAACAUUUCAUUCCGGUGGGACAAGACAACUGCAACAUGCAACUCAUCCAUUAUCUCCCUAGCAUUUCCUAGCUGUCAGGAAUGACUAUAUACAGGUAGUCCUCGAGUUAUGAAUGUAAUGAAGUCUGCCCAUUCCAUUCGUAACUUGAGGAUUCGUAAGAGUGAAUCUCCUACCUUGAACGUGAUUCAUUCCCAGGUUUUGCCUAUGCAUUCACUAAUUUAAUGUGUGGGUAAAUGCGUGGCUUGUUAAGUGAACACGAGGUGCUUCCGACCACCCAAGGCCUCCCCCGACCCACUGAAAUAACUCAUGUUCCCUCCCCUGGAGGCCCACAAUUGCUCCCCCCCAUCCUGCCAUGCCGAGUCACUUACCUUGUGAAGAUCUGUCUCCUCACCAGCUUCUGUUUCUUCCUCUGCUCUGGGCCUCUGAGGCCUGGAGGAGCCUCCUAGGCCAAGAAUGGGCCUUCGGAGGCCCGCUGAAGCAUCCCCCGGUGUCCUUUCCAGGCAGCAGCAGCCCCAAAAAGGCCUCUGACAUCUAGAUUUGGCUUUGGGAGCCCUGCUGAAGCGGCCUCCCAUAUCAUUUCCGGGUGGCAGCAGCCCAGAAAAGGUCUCCAACACCUGGAAAUGACGCUGGGGGAUGAUUCAGCAGGGCUCCAAAGGCCUGAUCUGGGCGUCAGAGGCUUUUCUGGGCUACUACCGCCUGGAAAGGAAGACAGGGGAUGCUUCAGCAGGGCUCUGGAGGCUCAUUCUGGUCCUUGGAGGCCUCUUCCAGGCUUUUGAGGCCCAAAGUGGAGGCUGUGAGUGGCGGCCAUGUGCUUCCAGAGGUCCAUUCUGGGCCUUGGAGGCCGCCUCCAAGGCCCAGAACAGAGAUCAGGGGAGGCUUUUGCAUGCCUCCAGAGGUCCGUUCUCCCCCGGUUUCUGUUCUGUUCUCUGUUGCAAAGAACAGAGGCCUAAACUACUACCAUGAGAUCAUGCAAGAUCAGUAGCAUGAGAUCUUGCGCCACUCAUCCCGGGUGAUCUUGCAUUACUUUAGGCCUCCAUUCUCUGCGAAUGCAAUGAAGGAAGCAGAGAAACAGCCAAGAUAGCGAAGGAUCUUUGCAAGGUGAGUAUCCAUAGGCCUAGUGCCUAGGGAGACCCGGGAAGGGGGAAGGAGAGAAUAGCCAAAGUGAAUGUUGCAGUGCCACUGUGAUUAGUUGUAAGGGCGAACGACUGCCGUGGUGCGGCAACAUUCAUAAUUUCAGGACUUUUUCAUAAACACUAGGGGAUGGUUAUCGCAUAACUUCAAACAUUCCCUAACGAAUGCUCAUAACUUGGGGAUUACCUGUACACAUUUCUUAUAUUGUAUUGUUUUCUUCAUCUCCUGCAUUUGUAAUUGUGCUGACACCUGUUAAAAUCUUGCUGUGGAGAGUGAGCCCUAUCCAUUCCUUCUCACAGCCCAUACUUUCCUCUUGGUUCUUCAUUCCCAUAUUAACCUGGGUACCUAUUUGGUAUGGUAGACAUCCUUCUUACAUGGGGACGCAAUUAACUCUCUUUUUCAGUCAGGGUUCUUUUCUUCUCCCGCAGGGCAAAAUUGGAAGUUCUAAUUCCUUUCUCACUGUAAUGUUUUGGCACUGCCAAAAGACUAUGCAAACACACUUUUUCAUUUCAUUCCAGCUGAAUUUAAAUGCACAAUACAAGAGGGUUCACCAGGCAAGAAAAGUCCAGAGGUCACAAGGCACAAUCCAAGUCAAGGCAGUGUCAGUCCAAAGCAAGGCAGGAAUCACAAAGUCCAGAAAACACAAAGCUAGAAAAUGAACACAUUGUUCCCAGCAUUGCCUCCAUCUGUCUGCUGUGUUAAACAGACAGCUUCUGGUGCAGCCUAUCAAACAGAGCAAGGUUGUCUCCUCACAAGUAAUCUGGCUGACCUCUGCUCCUGCCUUUUCUCUGCCCUACGUGUUCUUGGAUGAGGUGUAGAAGGCAGUUCCUCUUCCUCAUCACUGACUGGCUGUAGCUGCGUGCUAUCCCCACCUGAAGCCUCAGGGCUGUCCUUCUGCAGCUGUGCUUCAGCCAAAUUCCUCUCAGACGGCUACUUAUAGCCACUGAUCAACUCCUCUCCAGACAUGCCUGGAACUGGUUCAUCCUCCUCCAAACUGACAUCUGGAGAUUCUGCUCUUCAUGUGGAAAACCAGCUAUAUUUUUCAGGGAAGCCCGAGCAGGUCUAUUCAGUGCAUGGUGGUGAUAGACUGAAAGAAACACCAAAUCUCAGGAUGGCUGAAUUUCAUAGUCCUAUGAAAGAAGUCGAAUUAUUCUGGAAUAAUUGAUGGUCGAAGGGAAGAGGUCUAUGCCAUUGAAAUGAGAAAGAGUUGGGUUAGGGAAAUGAGUUCCACUUGGCUGUCUCCUAGUCAUGAAAAUGUUGCCAUUUCAGAAAUGCAAGCUUGUGGGCAGCUUUGUAAUAAUCUGGGUUGUGAUUGUAAUGCCUCCUUCUCAUUUAGUUUGGUGUUGGUAAAAUGAUAUUUAUAGAGAUGGGGCAAGAAGGGUACCUUGGUGAGAGCUUUUAUGAAUUUUGUAAGUACAACAAUACACUUUCUUCACGGCCUUAAUGAAAAUUAUCUUACCAGACAUUUAUUUUCAGUGUUAGCUUUCAAUAAUUUAUUUCUAUCUGGAUCUUAAUUUUAUGACUCCACCCCCCACCCACCCCCCAAACCACAGUUCUGUAUUUUUCUGACCAUAGUGUUGGAUUCCUCAGGUCCCCAGAAUCUACUUCUGCAUUUCAUUGUCUGGGUUUGUUCUAAAGAAGAUUUAUUUUUGUUCUGUGAAUAUUUUUGAACAGGUUCUUGUAUAUGUACAGAUAGAGAUACAUUUGAGGUCUUUUAUUGAUAUUCCUAUAAAGAAUUAAAAAAUAAAGUUUAACUUUAAAACA